AUGUCACAACUUCUACAUUCGACAUUUUUUCAAAAUAUUCCCAAAUCACACUCCUGGCUUUCGACGACAUCAUGUGCGAUUGUGCGAACUGCAAAAAUUAAAGUCGGACUUCGGAGGUACGAACAGUACGAAGUACGAGAACGAAAAGAUGGCUGGCCGCUGGCGGAAAAACGAAAUUACUCAGAGAACGAUUCACGAAUGAAACUGUGGUUAUCAGGUUAUGCAGGGUGGCCAACACCUCCGUCCAAAUAUGCACGGUGUCAAUCGGCAGUAAGCCAGUAG